AUGUCGUGGCCGGGCGGAGCCGAGCCGUUCCCCGACUCAUCGGCCCAGGGCGACCGCCCAACCGAUCUUGCCUCUCUCGGCAGGUUCAGCAGAACGGGCCAUCUGUUGGGCUUUAGUCGCAAUCAGGUCGAGCAGACGCUGAAGCUGCUCAGCGGGCCGUUUGAAGAUCUCCCGCAGGUGCCGCCCUUCGCGCCGUUGUUCGGCUACACGACAACAUGGCACAAGAUGAUGGUCGCUCAGAUGAUCCUUGAGAUAGCUGGCCACGCAAACCGCCUGCCGACUCCGGAAGAAGCCGAUGCCAUCGCGUACUACCGCUCCAAGUUCUGUUCGAGGGCCGCCUGGGCGCCCCCGGCCGUGCUCCUCACCACCGCCUAUUUCUUCAACCGCGGCCGCCCGACCUUCCGCUUCCCCUUCUACACCCCGAAGCCGGCUUCCUUCAACCCGUCGUACUUCCCGUCCGCGUCCAGACCGUUUCUCAGGGGGGUCUCAGCCGUGCGCUUUUGGCACGUCCUGCGCUUCGGUGCUUAUGGACUCAUCUGUCAGAUCCUCGUGAAGCCCGUCGUGGUGUCAUAUGCCAACGCCACCUCCCUGGUGGGCAUGCUGCGCGACGAUCGGCUCAAGUUAUUGCGCCAGAACCCCCACCGAAAUCAGGAGCACCAGCACCCGGUUGCUACCCAGCCACCCAACGAGAGUGGGGAACAAUGGCAGCAGCAGCUGGGGAACCUGCAGCAACAACCAGCGGAACAGCAACCGACCUGGAAACAAACAUCUCAGGAGCCUCAGGAGCCUCAGGGCGGUCUGCAGGACGACGAGUCGUUCCUCUUUGACGAUGCUUCGCCCGUGGCACCCUCGCAAUGGCAGCAGCCUCAGCGCGCGUCUGCCUCUUCCCCGCCGCCGCCCGGUUCUGCGUGGGACAGAAUCAGGCAGCGCGCGAAGUCGGAGGAGGGUACAGCAUGGAACCAGGGAGAUCAGCAAAACGGCGAUUCGCAAACCCGGUCAAGGACAGAGCAGUACACAUAUUCGCCGGACGAGCGGGAGAAGGCGUCCUUAACAACCACCGCGGUGUCCAAAACCGGCAAAACAGCCCUCGUCAUCACCUCCUUUCCCUCCGUUCCCCUUACAACGACCUUCACCCGACCUAGCUCGGACUGUGGCGCCCUGUAUAGCCCGCGAAGCCCGCCCCUCUAUGUCAUCGAUAACGAACCCUCCUGCCUCCCGGCCGGAUUCUCCACCUCGAACUCUGCUUUCUUCUACUCCCCCGGCAUCGCCUGCCCGUCCGGCUACUGGACAGCAUGCCACGACACGACGGGCGUGUCGACCAUCACCACCGUCACCUGCUGCCCGACCUACGGUGACAUCUCUUUGUCAUGCGUGCCCGACCCGUUGUCGCUCAGCGAAGUCUGGGAGACGCUCUUCUGCACUUGGAUCGCCCCGCAAUCGACGGGGACAGUGGUCACCGUAACCAAGUCGGUCGAUGGUCGCACGUCGACCGUCACGGAACCCGUCACCUGGCCCGGCGGCAUCAAUGCUUAUGGCGUGCGCAUGGUCCACCAGUCCACCGACCGCAAAACCCCGUCUACCACAGCAACCUCUGCCUCGAACGACUCCCCAAAGACACUUAGCACCUCUACGACCAGCGCUUCCUUAGACCCCUCCUCCUCCAAUAGCUCCACACCGGGCAACACAGACUUCCCAACAGGCGCCAAAGCCGCGAUCGGCGUGGUAGUCCCCCUCGUGGUCCUCGGUGCCCUCCUCGCCGCUCUGCUCUUCUGGCGACGCAAGAGGAAGCAGCAACAACAGGGUCAACCACUAUCCCCACCACUCGACCAUCAUCACCAGCAACAACCACAGCAGUACUACGACCACCAUGGCUCCCCACCGCCAGCGGGCGCCGAACACUACCCGCUCGGGGACCAGCUCCCCAAACCGCCUGGAGGAGGUAAUGGAUACUACUACUACGGCAACAUCCCACCACAACCGCCGCCUCAAGAGAUGCCGGGAGCUUGGGAGAAUGCGACGGAGCUGCCUAACACGAGGAUGGCGGCCGAACUACCGGGCAAUGCCAGGUGGGCUGGGAGGUAA